GAAUCCGGUGAGUGGAAGAUGACGUGGUGAAGUCAGUUAGCAUGGAGGCUAGCUGAACAUCUCGACACAUACACACUCGCUUAGAACUCACAGAAAAAAACAAAAACACAAAAUUAGGAAAAGAUGAAAAACGUGUCUGAAGUGUCUGUGGACCGGAGGACGUUAAAGCGCUCGUGAAAAGAAAAGAUGGAUAUUAGUUUGUGUUAGUUGGAGUUUUCCAGAAGCGUAACAGACGAGUGAUGAGCUCCAUGUGUCCUGCGUGUGACGUCCCCUCAGCGUUAUAAAGCGCCGGCGGUGUGAGAGACGUCAGAGCCGCGUUCGUCUUCCCCGUGCGCUUCACGAUGUUCGCCAAGCUGAAGAAGAAGAUCGCGGAGGAGGCGGCGACGGCGACCCCACGCCCCGGACGCCUGCCCCGCUCCUACAGCAAAGAGUCCAUCACCUCAGUGGGAGCCGACUCAGGAGACGACUUCGCGUCGGACGGCAGCAGCUCCAGAGACGACCUGUCCUCUCAGAUCCUGCGCCGGAACGAUCAGAUCCGAAAGCUGGAGGCCAAACUAUCGGACUACGCUGAACAGCUUCGGCUAAUGCAGAAGACGAAGGAGAAGCUUGAGAUUGCAUUAGAGAAGCAUCAGGAUUCGUCUAUGCGGAAGCUGCAGGAGCAGAAUGAAAGCUUCCAGGCCAACAGAGCCAAGAUGGCAGAAGGCAUGGCCUUAGCGCUGGAGAAGAAGGAUCAGGAGUGGAUGGAGAAGAUGGCCGCUUUGGAGAAGGAGAAGUCUGCAUUAACAGCUCGUCUGGAUCAGAGUCUGAGUCUGUUCCAGAAGAGAGACGAGCUGGAUGAGCUCGAGGGCUUCCAAAUGCAGGAACUAGCCAAAGUCAAGCACAUGCUGUUGCGUAAGGAGGAGCAGCUGAGUCAGAGGGAGCGAGAGCUGAAGCUGAGAGGAGAGGAGCUGAACGUGGCCCGUAUCACGCUGGCUCACACUCAGGAUAAACUGUACGAGCUCGGGGAGGAGCACGAGGAAACCCGCAGCAUCAACGCACAGCUACGAGCUCACAGAGACAAGCUGCUGACUGAGAAGGAGGAGGCUGAGAGGAGGAUCUCCGAACUGGAGGCCAGAGAAGAAGAGCUGCAGCAGCUCAUCCGACAAGUCUCCGAGGAUUUCCAGAAGGCUCAGAGUGAGACGAGAUCUUUACAGAAGUCCAUGGAGUCUCUACAGUCUGAACACGACGAGCUGAAACUGCGGCACGAGCAGCACAAGGGCAAGGCUGCUGUGACGGAGGAGGAGCGAGAGCGGCUGUUGGCCGACCUGCAGGAGAAAGCUCUCUCUCUGGAGCGCAGGCUGGAGGCCAACCUGUCCCAGGACGAACAUCUACAGGAGCUGCUCAAGGAGAAAUCGUUACUGGAGCAGAGGUUAGAGGAGGCCAGAGGAGAGCUCCUGGAGGAACGAACCAAUCACACGACAGCAGUGAGCUCGCUGGAGGCACAGGUUUCCAAGCUGAACACUAACGUCUCCGAGCUCCAGACGCUGCUGAGACACAAAGACGACUCGUCCAGGUCCUACAGGGAGAGGACGGACGCACAGAUAGCUGAUCUGGAGAAGAGGCUGAGCGAAUCCGCUGAGAGGCUGAGGAGUUUAGAGGAGCAGCUGGAGGAGAAAGAGACGCACAGAGAAAAACUGCAGGCGGAGUGGGCGGAGGAAAGGGAGAGGUUACAGCAGCAGGUCUCCAUGCAGAGGCAGAGAGGACUGGAGAAAACCGCCAAGCUGGAGGAGGAGAUCCUCGCACUGCAGAGAGAGAGGGAGGCGGAGAUCAGCUCGCAUCAGGACAACGUGAGGUUACUAGAGGAGCAGAAGGCCACCCUGAUGAAGGACAGAGCUGAGAUGGAGAACAUGGUGGAGAAGCUCAGCUUAGAACUCGAGAACUCCAAAGCGGAGUUGAACAGCAGACAGACAGUGAGUGUGGAGAUCGCUAAAGCUCUGGAAGAAACCCGGAAGCAGAGAGAGGAGCUCCAGCAGCAAGUCAGCAAGAUGUCCGAGUCUGCGCAGAGGGCGGAGCAGGAAGUGUGUCGGCUUUCUGAGCAGGUGGGCGUGAAGGAGGCGGAGUUAAGCAGUCUAAGGGAAGAGGUGCAGGCGACCCGCUCCGGUCUGUCCUCGCUGCAGGUGGAGUGUGAGGCGCUGCGUACGGAGGCCGAGGAAAAAGACGCUCAGAUCGAAUCCCUGCGCCAAGAGAUCCUCACGUACACUCAGCAAGCUGACACGAAUCAGUCUAAGGAGUGUGAGGUGCAGGGCGAGGUAGAAAGCGUCACGGCACAGCUGCAGGAUGUGGAGGUGUGUGUGAGCGAACAGAACGGGAGCGUCACCGUGGGUGAUGUGGACGAGCUGCAGAAAGCUAACAAAGAGUUAGAGCAGCAACUCAGUGAGAAAAACAAGACGAUAAAACAGCUGCAGCAGAGACUGACCGAGCUGAAGAGGACGCUACAGAAAGAGCUGAAACUGAAGCCGGACGCUGACUCUGAGAGUAAGGAGAAGCUCCAGGAAGGGAAGCCCAGCUCAGAGGCCCCAGUCCUGGCCGCUGCUCCUACUCCAGCCCCCGGCUCCAGUCAAGGCCCGGGCCUCGCCUCGCACUCGUCCCAGACGAAGGUGACGAACAGCUCGGACCUGACGGACACGCGGGAGAUCAACUUCGAGUACCUCAAACACGUCGUGCUCAAAUUCAUGUCUUCUAGAGAGGCAGAGGCGUACCAGCUGAUCAGAGCCGUCUCGGUGCUGCUGCAUUUCACACGCGAAGAGGAAGACAUGCUCAAGCAGACGCUCGAGUACAAGAUGUCGUGGUUCGGCUCCAAGCCCACACCCAAAGGCAUCGUCCGGCCCUCCAUCUCAGGAACCCCAAGCAGCUGGAUGUGAGAGGAAGAGAGAAAGAGCGAGUCAUGUGACGUGGGCUCGCAAAAUAAAUUAAAUAAAUAAAAAAUCGUUCCAGGCGUUCAUGGAGUGGAGGGAAGUUCCGUAUGUUAGUCUCCUCUGGGAAAACCGAUUGUUCCUUCUCUUCUGGGGUUCUUUGAGGCUUUGAAUCAACGAAUCACGGUUUUUUAAGUCUUUGGAGUCUUUCCUCCAAAGAGGUGGGGGGAAAGUAGCUACGUCUAGCUACCUGGGGAUCGUAAAAUAAAUAAAUAAAUAAAUAAAUCGGACAGUUUUUCUGAAGAGCGAAACCUUUGCACGCUGCGUAAACAGAUCAACUUCAUAAUAAGAGUUUGUUUCUUCUGAUUCAUUUGCUCCAUGAAGGCUUCGAGGGGGAAAAAAAAUCAGAACGUACUCCGCUUUAUAACGAAGAGAAGCGUGCAUGGACUCUGACGCUGAAGAAGCAUCUUCCCUUUACCUGCCCUGUGUAUGUGUAAAUUACGAUGAAGCACAUUCCGUAUGUCUAUUUAUAUACGAAACUGUACAUAGCGAAUGUUUAUAAAUCAUCGGGUGUAAAAUUUAUUCAGCUCUGUUUGCAGAUUUUUUUCACAUUAAUGUAUAUCAUGUAUCAUUCGCGGACGCGAGAGCGGAGCGGCGCGUCUGUCCGUCGCGGGCCCUGGGACUGCAGCGCUGGAGUAUUAAUGUGAGCGUGCAUGCCUUGUACUCCACUCAUGAGGAAAUCUGCAAACUGGAUAUUUAUCUAUCGCAAAGCGAAUCGUCAGGAUUUUGUUUAAGAUCGUGUUUAAGAAGUAGCCAGAUGAUAAAUAUUUAUAAUAUUUGAAAUCGGUGCUAUGUUAUCUAGCACAUCAGUAAUGCAAGAACAAAGCUACAGCUGGGAAUAAAAUCUAGGGAUGCACUGAUCUGGUUUUUUUUUGUUUGUUUGUUUUUUCCUCCGUCCCAUUUUCAGUGCAACACUCAUAUCCAAUAUUUUCAUAAUUUUAGACAUUUUUUUCUUUUUAAAUUAAAUUUUGUGUACUGAAACACUUGACAAAUUGAAAGCUCUAAAAUUCAGGGUUUUUUUUCUUUCAAAAAUUAAAAACUUAAUGAUUUACAAGUUUUUUUGUUUGUUUGUUUGUUUUUGUUUUUUUUUUCUCAAAUUCUUCCUCCCAAAAUUAAUAGCUGUGAUUCUUUAGCAGAUGUCUGAUUAAAUUUGUGGAAUUUUAAAUACUCAAGAUCGAAACCUUUUUUAAAAUUAAAAUACUUUAAUAAUAAUAAUAAUAAUAAUAAUAAUAGGUUAAAUUAUUUACAUGCCACUGAACAUAUUUACAAAGUUCUUUCCCCCCCCCCAAAAAAAACAAAAGUUUAAAUAUAAUAAAAAGUUAAAAAGACAUAUAACCAUAUUGCAGGUCAAAACUCGUAAAAUCACAAAAUUGUCACAUUGAACCUUAUUUAUUUAUUUAUUUAUUUUUAACAAAUCACAGUUUAUGUCGGUAUGAACGUUUAAGCUACGUUUAUGAAUCACUAGUUACAUCUUGAGGAUUUUGACUGAAACAGUAUUGUUACUAUUGGAGCUGAGAGGCGGGGCCAAAUGCCCGAGAGCAGAAGGGGGCGGGGCCUAAAACGAAGCUCUGCAAGUUGCAGCCGCAGAUUGUGUCAAAACUCGAGUGUGAAGUGAAGCCCAAACGCAAUGCUUGAACAAUGAUUCGAAUGAAAGAGGUAAAUAAUUUGAGACAAGUUACAAAUUUUUGCAAUUUAUUCACAAUGAUUUAGGAAAUUAGCGCAGAUAUUGUUUGUGUCUGUUGUUUUUGUUCCAAGAUUUUCUUGUAAAUUUGCAUCAGUUGUUUACAGUAUAUAUUCCGAUUGGAAUUUCAAUUCGCAUAUCAGAUACGAUCCAGUGUUUUAUGCUAAUGUGGGUCCGAGAGCGAUACUCCGUAUCAGAUCGGUGCAUCCCUAAAGAAAUCUCUCGCUUAUUCCAGACCAUUCCGGGUUGGUUGAUUUUCGGGUCCUGGUGUAAGAAUCCAGUGCAAUGACAAAUUUCAAUUCAGUUGGAAUUUUCAAUAUUCUGUAUGAUCAUUAUCCAUAAUAAUUCAUUUUCAUUCAAAACUUUCAUCUUUUCUGACUUUGGAGAUCAACUGGAAAUGUUUUAUUUUAUAAUCAGCCUUCGCAGCUGUGUGUGUGUGUGUGUGUGUGUGUGUGUGCUACCUGAUCAGGUGUGAGCAGUGUUCCUGUUUACAGGGUAACUAACUUCAUCAACUGACACACUUUUUUGUUUGUUUGUUUGUUUGUUUUGUUCUGGUUGGUCCUACUGUAGCGAUCAUAACGACGAGUCGUAAUCCCGCCGCGUGCUCUGCUUUAAUAAAGUACCACUACGCAUCUGAUUUUCAAUGGUCUGUCAAAAAACUUGAAUAAAUUAUCUUUUUGAUUUUGAUCAUAUUUUUUUGCGUGCGUGUUCGUCAUUGUAGCUCGGGUUUAGAGCAAUUAUUUGGAGUCUUAUAAACACUUUUAUUGUCGUAAUAAUUAAUGAAGCGUUUUAUGAUUAAGGGUUCAACCAUCAAUCCAUAAAGGAUGUUCUUUUUAUGUAUAUGAAUAGCAAAAUGACACUUUCAUUAAUUCACUCUAAUUAUAGUGAUUGCAUUUCAGUGUAGCACGACUGCAACACAGUGAUGAAAGUGAAAUGUCAUUCAGUUGUGACACAAAGUCAGAGAGUUUCAUUCUUGAUAACGCAAGACUGUGCUGAGUCUGAGCGCACCGAAGAGAUCAAGAAACAUGAAGGUUUUGCUUUUCAGUGUUUUCAGUUUAUUGUGUUUCAUAUUUUAUCACCAGCGUAACUGAUUUGUUGCACGGAAUUCUCCGUAUCCGUGUUAAAACGUGUUAUUAUUUUGGAAGUUGGAACUCUUAAAUUUAUUUAUAAUUAUUUUUUUAACCCAAGAGUUUAAUAUUAAUUACCGGAGACGCCUUGGGAUCCUAGGAGAACUAGGGGUGGGUGAUAUUUUCCAUAUUUUUCAUCAUGAUUCUUAAUUCUUAAUUUCUAUGAUGCACAGUAUACAGAUUUGCUCACAAACUGCAAGCAAAAUUGUAUUUUUUUAAUAUUAAAAAAGUGUUAUAAAUGCUAAUUAAUUUGGUUAUUCUUAAUAAGCAAAUUUAUACUAAUUUUAAAAUAUUUUUAUAGUAAAAAUCAUUUUUAUUUAUGAAAAAAGAAACAUUUAACAAUAAUUUGAGCAUUUUACAAUUUUAACACUAGAUAUCACGUCAGCUGUGAUGCAGUCAGUUUGUAAUUUCUAAUAAAAUAUAUUAAUAAUUUAUAAUAAUAAAAGAUGUAAUAAUAUCUUAGACUAGCACAUCGUGAGCUAAUUUAUCAUGAGAUCAUUAUCGGAUCACCCAGCACUACUGCCAACUCUAAACGUGUGUCAAAGCCCAAGCUUGGCCAACCCUGUCAAGAUUUUAUUUAUUCAUUAAAGAUACAGUUAUCACUUCCUAACUAUCAUGAGAUGAUCAUGUAUUAUAUUUUAUAGUUUGAUACGUUAUAAACCAACAACGCAAACCUACAGCUUAAUCCUAAUCAAA